AUGUACUACUCUUCACCCUCCCUUGAAACCAAUAAUUAUUUACCAUCAUCAUUAACAACACCAUAUUUCUCUUCCAUGUCGCUUCUCAAUCCAUACUCGGAUGAUAUUCAUACCCUAAAUGAUUUGGAGAGAGCUCUUUCAUGCAUUACACCAAACACUCCUUGUUUUCUCAGAUUAGAUGUUCAUGGAGUGUUGAAAGAAUUAAAUUCUUGUGAUCCACCCAAUUAUUGUGCAACCUCGUUGGAAGCCGAACUGAACUGUCAGAAUGUUCCAUUGGAUGAAACUUUACAGAGAAAUUUCCAUGAUCCGGCCACAUGUCAGAUCAACUGCCAAACUGCCAUCGUCCUUGAUCAAUCAUGUGUGCUCCAAACUCCUCCAAUGCAAAACGACGAGAGUACAGACCAUCAACCACCAACACCACUAUUGUUAUCAACGUUGGCCAACAACGACACUAUUUCACAUGUGAUACCCAAACAAAAAAGGAAAAAAUCAAGUCCAAGCACUUGUUCACCAUCUCUCUCUCCCAUUUCUAAAAUUACCAAGCAGAACAAGACAAAGAAACCACAAGGUCGUCUCAUCACUGAAACCAUUACCACCACUCCAAGUUCAAUUCAACAUUCGUUUGAAUUACCAAAAGAAUCAUUGAAAAGUUUCUCAUCCUCUUCUCCUCAGAGUGAAUGUAUGUCAAGAAAGUCCAAUCAAUCUCCAACGUCCUGCCACUACUCAACGACUUGUCCACAGCAGUCUUCAUCAAACAAACAACGAAAUCUUGCAUCAUGGACCUUGUAUAAAGAACAAGCGUUUGUGGAGAGUGGAAAAGAGAAAUCCAAAAGUGGAAAUAAUUACAAAUUUCAUAAUGUAUCGUUUGUGUAUGUACCAAGUAACCAAUAA